UUACAACUCAGACAGAUGGUUUCCAAUUGAGGCGCAGUAUCUACAAUUCCAGCACGAGUCAGCCGCGAGAUGGCACUUUCGCUUUGGCCAAACUGAUUGACGGACACGGCACAGACUUUGGGCUUAGUGCAGCAAUAAGUGGAUUGCAGUGCUUGCGUGCGGCGCCGGUAGCAGCGAGCAUGUCCCAACUCGACGUGCAGAUGAAAGGGUGGGUCAGCACCUACGGAGGGAUCCUCCUCUUCCUCUUCGUACUUUUCCAGCUGACAAAGGGUUUUCUCAGAAGAUACCGAGACAAAUUAUUUGCGAAAGGAGAAUCCCAGUUCUCCGAGCUGUACAAUGUGCCUGCUGGGCCGACCAAGGCGAAGCUGUUCGAAUCAAUGCAAGACGUUCAGUCGGCCGACUGGAGUUUAAAGAAUAAAGGUCUUAUCAGGAUACUCGAAAUCGGAUGUGGAAAUGGGGCCAAUUUGAAAUAUUUCCCGAAGAGUGCUCGAUUGGUGAUGGUCGACAGGAACGAAUUUUACCGUCCGUUACUCGAUGAAAAUUUGAAAAAAUUCCCGCAUCUGCACUUGGAAAAGGUGGUGUACUGCUCCGCAGAGGACAUGCGGCAAAUCGCCUCGGACAGCGUCGACGUGGUCGUGUCCACGAUCGUUUUGUGCUCCAUCGACCACGUGUCAGCCGUGUUGUCCGAAAUUAAAAGGGUUUUGGCACCUGGCGGAAAGUUUUACUUCUUGGAGCACGUGAUGGCUAACGAAGGGACGACGCUGUGCACCGUCCAAAAAUUGCUAUCUGUGUCAAGAAUUUGGCCCGCGCUGUGUGGCAACGGCUGCAGACUCGAUAAGCGCACCGACGUAUUCAUCAAGGAAGCCGGAUUUUCGGAAAUCAGCAUCAACCGCUUGGAUAUUUACACGGAUAAAAUGGUGGUUUUCAAACUGAUCAAACACCACAUUGCCGGAGUCGCAACCAAAUGAGGACAAAUUUUGACUUUAUUUAAUUUUUAAUUAAAAAAUGGAUAUUUAUGUUGGAUUAUUCAAUUGCAUCACAUGUGUGCAAACUCAAAAUCCCAGGAGAGAUAAGCGGAGUCCUAAAAGUCGAUUAUUUAGUGUCCACUUGUCUUGCAGCUAAAAAGAUAUUAUUAUCGAUUUGUAAUCGCAGAACCACAUUAAAACAGAUUUAAUUGCGAACGACAGCAAAUAAAUCGGUUAAAACUUUUGCUUGACGCCGAUUGGCUGACGCAACGCGCAUGUCAGCUGCUCCCGCGUGAUUUACUGCACAGUGGGCUGUUGCCAGGCAACCGAGAGAGUUGCUGACAUGCGCGUUGCGUUCAGCCAAUCAGCAUCAAGUAUUUCUUUUAGCAAAUAAUUUUUGCUGCUUUCUUCCAAUCCUCACAAUUACAUUUUAAAUAAUAUGUUUUCGUGAUUAUAAUCAACAGACCAACUCUUUAGCUGUAAAAGUAGACACCUAGCAAUUAAAUUUACGGGGGCUUUUAAAACAACAUUUUUGGAAUCAAUUUACGACUGCCAACUGCACUGAAAAUCCUGAUUAUUUUUGUUAGACUUAGUAAUAAACGUGUAGCAGGACAAAUAAAAUGUGAUUUAACUUUUUAA